UAAAUACUGGUAUUAGUAUCGUGUGUUGUUGAAGGCAUCACAGCAGCUUGCCACGCCCACUUCACGUUGUCGCUUGUGGUGGUUUAUGUUGUGCUAACUGGGUGUUAAAUAAAGUAUAGCCUGUGCCCACGAAGUCAAAAAUCUGCCGAGUUUUAAGGCAACCAUCACGUCUGUAAACAGGAUUUCCAGGCUGUGGAGAACUCUAACAUGCCCGAUACAGCAUCAAGUCUUCCUGGUUCAACAGUUUCGGACCCACAACAUUCCCAGAAACUCUUGAGAGUUCUUCAGUCCUUCUGGGAAGAGAAGAGUUUCCAUGAUGCACUGCUGGUUGUGGAUGGAGAAGAGCUUCCUAUCCAGAAAAACAUCCUGGCUGCUGCUAGUCCAUACAUCAGGACCAAGUUGAACUACAAUCCUCCAAAGGACGAUGGGUCGACAUACAGGAUUGAACUGGAGGGUGUUUCCAUGUCCAUCAUGAAGCAGAUCCUUGACUACAUCUUCAGUGGUGAAAUCAUUUUGAAUGAAGAGACCAUCCAGGACAUGGUACAGGCAUCUGACCUGCUCCUCAUGACCGACCUCAAAUCUCUUUGCUGCCAGUUCCUAGAAAGCUGUAUCACUGCAGAAAACUGCAUUGGCAUCCGCCUCUUCGCCCUUCACUACUGCCUUUACCAUGUGCAGUAUGUCGCCACAGAGUACCUACAGACGCACUUCCGUGACGUGAUGUUGACAGAAGAGUUCAGGGAGCUACCGCCUACGCGACUCUGUGAGCUGCUGGCCAUGGAGAAGCUGAAUGUGGGUAAUGAACGGCAUAUACUGGAGGCGGCAGUGCAGUGGUUCGCACAUGAUCCAGAGGAUCGCAGGGUUCACAUGAAAGAAGUGAUGUCUUCAAUAUGGCUGCAUGGCCUGGACGCGAGCUACCUGAGAGAGCAGGCCACGGGAGAGCCGCUAAUGAGGGAGGUGAUCAGGGAUUACUGCCAGCCGGUGCUUGGGGAUACCCAGCUGCAAGGCGAAGCUCUGCUGGCAAACUUCAAACCUCGAGGUUACUCUGAAUGCAUCGUCAUCGCUGGAGGAGAGGAUCGCAAAAGCAGAAAGCCGACCGCGGUGACUCGCUGCAUGUGUCCCCUCUACGAUCCCAACAGACAGGCCUGGAUCGAACUCCAGCCGAUGACGGUGGCUCGUCAGGGCCACGGCAUGGUUUCUGCUGACGGUUUUCUGUUUGUGAUGGGUGGAAUGGAUGAACAGCACACUGUCCUGGACAGUGGAGAGAAGUACGACCCUGACUCCAACACCUGGAGCCCCAUCACCCCCAUGCUGCAGGUCCGUCAGAACUUUGGUGUGGUGGAGUUGGACAGUGUGAUCUACGUUCUCGGAGGAGAAACCCACGAGCUGCAGCUUAUCACUGUCGAAGCCUUUGACCCUCAUAUGGACACCUGGAAAAUGCAGCCCAGUAUGACCAUGAUCCGCAAGGUUAAUGGCAAACACUUUACAGGCCGGUAGAAAACUGGGACACAGUUUCUCCUCAAGUGCACGUUCUUCAUAAAGCUGAGACAUUC